UAUUCCUCCAGAUUUUCGAAUUUCACUUCACCGAGAUCAGAUGGAGUAGUUUCGUUCAAACAUCUCUUGGAUAUUUUUUCUUCCUUGCACACAAAUACCCUCGGCAGGCACGCCGGCCGGCCGGCGGACUAUGAAAGCAGCCAUUCGAGCCCCUUUGCUAUAAGCACGAUGUCAUCUGUGCUCCCAUACUCUCGCGAUACUUCAAUGAGCCUUGCAAUGGUGUGGUCCCAGAAUUCCGCUAAUCCCACUUGGGAUGACUUUUGUAAUAUAACGCACCAAUGUCUGUGGGUUAUUGUGUGUGUGUCCGACCGGGAAUCAAUAACUCCUUUCCCCGUGGACCUAGAUAGUUCAAGUUGGGAGUAG